CGGCCAGCAGGCGGCAACAGAGUCAGUCACGCGCAGCGCGCACUGCUCCUCGUCACCAGCGAGUAACGGUCAGCAGCCCUGAGCGCUGGAGAGGAAUGGAGCAGUGAAGACCUCUUCAUCGGCGAGGGCCUACUAAUGGCCUACCGAGGAUGCUAGUGUUACCAUGGGCAGUGUCACUCUGCGCUACUUUUGCUAUGGUUGCCUCUUCACCUCCGUGACCUGGUCGAUUCUACUCUUCCUGUAUUUCAACCUCAGCCAGGAAAGCCGCUUGUCCUUUAAAAAUGUGCCCGUCCAGGGGCAACACCGUUUUCAGCCUCGUUUCACCCGUGGCCCAGCAGUCCUGCGCAGAGAUGGUAGUCAAGUCCACAAAGGACGUGCAGUGGAGACUCUCAAGCUGGACCUUUCUCCAGAGCUGGGAAUGAUUUUUAACAAGCAGGACCAAGAGGUACGAGAUAUGGGCUAUCAUAAGCACGCCUUCAACGUUCUCAUCAGUAACCGACUUGGCUACCACAGAGAUGUCCCCGACACCAGGAAUGACAAGUGCAGAGAUCGGAUCUAUCCCGUGGCCUUACCCACAGCCAGCAUAGUGAUCUGCUUCUACAAUGAGGCAUUCUCUGCUCUCCUUAGGACGGUUCACAGUGUACUAGAUCGCACACCAAACUAUCUGCUCCAUGAGAUCAUUCUGGUGGACGACCACAGCGAAUUGGAUGAUUUGAAGGAAGACUUGGAUUCUUACUUAAAGCAGCACCUGCAGAAGAAAGUGAAGCUAGUUCGUAAUGAGAAGAGGGAGGGCCUGAUCCGUGGAAGGAUGAUUGGGGCAUCUCACGCUACAGGUGAGGUGUUGGUGUUUCUGGACAGUCACUGUGAAGUGAAUGAGGCAUGGCUCCAGCCUCUGCUCACACCCAUUAAAGAAAACAGAAAAAACGUGGUUUGUCCAGUCAUUGACAUCAUCAGCGCAGACACACUAGUAUACAGCCCUUCUCCUAUUGUGCGUGGUGGAUUCAACUGGGGAUUGCACUUUAAAUGGGAUCCAGUGCCCGUGUCUGAACUCAACAGCCCUGAUGGAGCCAUCAGGUCUCCCACGAUGGCAGGUGGGCUGUUCGCCAUGGACCGGAAUUAUUUUUAUGAGCUUGGUCAGUAUGACCGCGGCAUGGACAUCUGGGGCGGCGAGAACUUGGAAAUAUCUUUUCGGAUUUGGAUGUGUGGAGGGCAGUUACUGAUCGUUCCCUGCUCCAGGGUGGGGCACAUCUUCCGCAAACGCCGGCCCUAUGGGUCGCCCGGAGGUCAGGAUACAAUGGCCCACAAUUCCCUGCGUUUGGCCCAUGUCUGGAUGGAUGACUAUAAGGAGCAGUACUUUGUCUUGCGCCCGGAGCUGAGGAACCGUAACUAUGGUGACAUCAGUGAGCGGGUUGCUAUUCGGAAGCGUCUGCAGUGUCACUCCUUCAAAUGGUACCUGGACAAUAUCUACCCCGAAAUGCAGGUCUCCUCCCCACACAAGCCCCAGCAUCCUGUCCUUAUCAACAAGGGUUUGAAGAGGCCCAAAGUCCUGCAGCGGGGUCGGCUGCGUAAUCUGCUGGUUGACAAGUGUCUGGUGGCACAGGGGCGUCCCAGUCAGAAAGGGGGUGCUGUGGUGGUGAGAGACUGUGACCCACAGGACCCUGAGCAGGAAUGGGCAUAUGAUGAGGAUCACGAGUUGAUUCUCGCCGGGCUGCUGUGUUUGGACAUGUCUGAGAUUCGUUCUUCUGACCCGCCGCGCCUCAUGAAGUGUCACGGCUCAGGUGGAUCCCAGCAGUGGACACUGGGGAAAAAUAAAUGGCUAUACCAGGUGUCAGUUGGCCAGUGUUUGGCUGUUGCCGACCCUCACAGCAUCAAAGGAUAUGUUACUAUGGCGAUCUGUGAUGAUUCCCGGUCCCAGCAGUGGCAGUUAGAGAGUUGAGGAUACUGGAAAUGUGAGGAACAGCUAUAGCGCCCCUCUGGCUGGGUAUUGAACUGCACCGCCAGCUCAGAAAUGGAUAACAGACCCUUGUCAGUCCAGACCGCUGUGACAGUAUUUUGUGAGGUCCUGCAGAAGGAACCUUGGUCUGAAGCUUUCUUGAUCCAUAUUCUUUACUCAGAAAACUAUUUUUAAAGUGUAUUUUUAAAAUUGUGUUUAUUCAAGUAUUUGUAAGUUUAAAUCAUUUUAAUUUUCAUUUGAAAUGUAAACGAUUUGCACAGAAAACCUAUUUUCAACAUAUUCCAGAUGUUAGAUGUUAAUAAAUAUAAUUUAAUCUGCUAGAUUUUAAGUUCAUCAUUUUUAAUUAUGAAUGCAGCAUUAUUUAAUUUUGUUCGUCUUUUUUCCAGUCAAGUUAACGUAAGCCUGAAAUUAAGAAUUCCUUCUGAUUUUAUUUGAUUUCAUGAUCACUGGAUUUAUCUUGACCUUAAUAAACUGCAAAUAUAUUUCUGUUCUGUAAUGGAUUAGUAUUUCUCAUUAUUGCUGGUAUGCCAAUAUAGACAAGACGGUUCAGUGUAACAGCUUAAUUAAUAAAACCAAUCAGUAUCAAGCUACUUUACUACAGUUUGUAUUAAAAGACUGACUCUGACAACUUCAAAUGCAUUUUUUCCACUGAACUGUCUUUUCAUGAAUAAAGGUCCACAUAUUUGAAAGUCCA